AUGGCUAAUAACGUUCACAUGAGUGGGCUGCUGAGCCGCCACGAUGACGAAGCCACCAGGACCUCCACCUCAGAGGGCCUGGAGGAGGGUGAGGUGGAAGGGGAGACCCUCCUGAUUGUCGAGUCUGAGGACCAGGCUUCGGUGGAUUUAUCGCAUGACCAGAGUGGGGACUCUCUGAACAGCGACGAAGGUGACGCGUCCUGGAUGGAGGAGAUGUCCUAUUACUGCGAGAAGUGCCAGAAGUGGAUUCCAGCAAGUCAACUGAGAGAACAGCUCAGCUACCUCAAAGGAGAUAACUUUUUCAGAUUUACUUGCUCUGAUUGCUCAGAAGAUGGCAAGGAGCAAUUUGAACGGCUGAGAUUAACAUGGCAACAAGUUGUCAUGCUGGCAAUGUACAAUUUGUCUCUGGAAGGAACAGGCCGUCAGGGGUACUUCAGAUGGAAAGAAGAUAUUUGUGCUUUUAUUGAGAAACACUGGACUUUCUUAUUAGGGAACAGGAAAAAGACCUCGACAUGGUGGAGCACAGUCGCUGGCUGUCUCUCUGUGGGGAGCCCCUUGUUUUUCCGCUCAGGGGCACAGGAAUUCGGAGAACCGGGGUGGUGGAAACUGGUUCAUAAUAAACCCCCGACAAUGAAACCUGAAGGAGAGAAGUUGUCUGCAUCUGCACUAAAGGCANUAGCAGCUUCAAAGCCACCUCUGGAUCCCAUCAUUACUGUGGAAGGCCUCAGGAAGCGGGUGAGCCGCAAUCCAGUCGAAUCGGCCAUGGAGCUGAAGGAGAAGAGAUCUCGCACUCAGGAAGCCAAGGAUAUUCGGAGAGCCCAGAAGGAGGCAGCUGGCUUCUUGGACCGGAGUAGUUCCUCCACUCCCGUUAAAUUCACCAGUCGAGGCCGUCGUCCUGAUAUUGUCCUUGAGAAAGGAGAAGUCAUCGACUUCUCCUCCUUGAGCUCUUCAGAUCGCACUCCUCUGACAAGCCCUUCUCCUUCCCCAUCUCUGGACUUCUCCGCUCCUGGCACGCCAGCCUCACAUUCAGCUACGCCCAGCCUUCUCUCAGAAGCAGAUCUCAUCCCAGAUGUCAUGCCACCACAGGCUCUGUUUCAUGAUGAUGAGGAGAUGGAAGGAGAUGGAGUCAUAGACCCAGGAAUAGAGUACGUGCCCCCUCCCAGUGGGACAGCUGGUCCUGGCACUGUGAUAGCAAGUAGAAAAAAAGUGAAGACGGCUGAGCAGAUCAAGCAAGAGGUGGAGAGUGAAGAAGAAAAAACAGAAAGGAUGGAAGGUGACAGUGAAGAUCCUGAAGAGUCAAACAUGUCGCUGCAGGUGAGGGGGCGAGACAAGAGAAAGCCCCAGCUGGAGAAGGAUGCUAAACCCAGAGCUCCCAAGCACACCUCUGUUAGCAUCUAUGAGGAGAAGCUGCUGCUGAAGAGACUGGAAGCCUGUCCCAAUGCCAUGAGCAUGACCCCAGAGGCCCGUAGACUGAGGCGCAAGGUUGUGAAUGCUGCACUGCUCUUGGUUGAUGGGAUUUACGGAGCCAAAGAAGGAGGUGUUUCCAGGUCCCCAGUAGGGCAAGCAACAUACAGAACUACUAGCCAGGACUUCAGGAUCUUGGACAGAUACCAGACAAUGCUGCCUGCCAUGAAGGGAUAUCGACAGCAGACAACGAAGUUUCUGUAUCGACUGGUAGGCUCAGAAGACCUGCUGACAGACCACAGUAUUGUCAGUCCUUACACAUCCCGUGUCCUGAAACCUUACAUCAGGCGCGAUUAUGAGACAAAGCCCCCAAAACUCAGGCUGCUGGCAGAAAUCCGGGCGUAUCCACACAGGAAUGAUCUCAACUGGAAGGCUGAGCCAGAAGCACCCGUUGAUUACUGCUAUGUUCGCCCUAAUCACAUCCCCACUAUAAACUCCAUGUGCCACGAAUUCUUCUGGCCUGGAAUUGAUUUGUCAGAAUGCCUGCAGUAUCCAGACUUCAGCGUUGUCGUCCUUUACAAGAAAGUUAUUAUUGCCUUUGGCUUUAUGGUGCCAGACGUGAAAUACAAUGAAGCUUACAUCUCUUUUCUGUUAGUUCACCCUGAGUGGAGAAGAGCUGGGAUUGCAACCUUCAUGAUUUACCAUCUUAUCCAGACCUGCAUGGGCAAAGACGUAACCCUUCACGUCUCUGCAAGCAACCCUGCUAUGCUGCUCUACCAAAAAUUUGGAUUUAAGACUGAAGAAUAUAUUCUGGAUUUCUAUGACAAAUACUAUCCCUUAGACAGCAAGGAGUGCAAGCACGCGUUCUUUCUUAGGCUGCGGCGCUGAUCCGCCGGAGCUGUCUGAGGGCGUGCGAAAAGCCCGAUCUGUCAAGCAGAGAAUUACCACGGCUUUCAGUGGAGGAUGUUGGCUGCCGUGUGAGAGCUGGAACCCACUGAGGCCUUUAUCCCUAGGACUUCAGACGUCAGCAGUGCUAUGUUGUGUGCUGAAAGUGCAAUCCAAGAGGACUGAUUCCUGCGCUCUAAGGGGAGAGGCCUGGAAAUGCCAACUGGGACAUGCUGAAACCACCAGAAGACUGAAGUUAUUUAUGAGGAGUUUUCCUGCCGCUGUUACUUUGGAGA